GGACGGCGCUCAGCUCUUUCCGGGCCUGGUCACGUUCCUGCGAGAUCGACUGCGACAUGCGAUCAUAAGCCGCGCUCUUCUGUGCCGAGUCCUUCUGGAUCUUGUCCAAUUGGGUGGUGAGCCCUCCAACCAGCUCUUCUCUCUCCGCCUGCAACUGCUUGAGCUGAGAUUCGAGCUGGGCCAGCUUGGCUUUCAGGCUGGUCGCCUCGGAGGUUGCAUUGUCGGCCUUGUGUUUUGUAUCGUGAAGCUCCUUCUGCAAUUGCUCCACUUCUCUCUCCUUGGCUGCAAUGGUGUCGUCGCGUGACUUGAGGUCCCUCUCGGCGGCUUCGAGCUUCUCCUUAGGAGCACCGGACGACGACAACAGGUUACCCAUUGCGCAGUAAACAAACGCCUAUUUCGUCGAAGGUAUGGAUAUCUUGGGGAUGGGUGGUGGGAUCGCGGGUUAUGCAAGAACAGAACGCUACCACACUAGGACUGUAAGGGAUCGGAUGUACAGUAGUAAUGUUCAAGGUCGGGCAGUGGAUGAUGCGGCGAUGAAUGACGGGACCGCGAGCAGCAGCGUCGUGGCGGACAAACAUUGGGCAGUCGCGAGGGGUGAGGAGCGAGGAGCGAGGAGCGAUGACUGGGAGAUACUCGGUGCUUUCCAUUGCCCCCUGUCACUUCAAACGGCGUCUGGGUGGUCUAUCCGUGGCUUUCCACCUUAUAAUUUAGCCAAAAUCGACACUUUACAUUAUAAUGCCGCACCACACCGUCAGAAUGGUGCCAAAGUGAGCAAACAAGACCUGUAG